AUGGGGAACAUACUGUUGGUACAAGUGUUAGAGUUGCUCAUGUGGACAGUUGGAGUGAUUCUGGCCGUCAUGGAAGUACUUAAGAGAGUGUUCAUGGGUACUGUACCUGUUGAGGUGGGAAGCAUUGGAGAGGAAUUGGGUGGUCCAUCUACCAAUAACAUGGGUUCUGAUUCAACAAGUGAGGAGAGUCAUAUCCCCCCUGUAAUGGCAGAUAGAGGGUUAUCAGAUAAUGAGUGGCAUUCAGAGGAAUUGGACAGUGAUGCACCUAUUGGUGAAGGUGAUCUUGAUGACACAGAUGAUAGUGAGGAAGGUUAUGGUAAAUUUGAUACAUUUUCGAUGCCCAAAUCCAUGAGUGAAUAUAAGUGGGAGGUUGGUACAUGUUUCGCUGAGAAGUCAGAAUUUGUGGAAGCCAUUAGGACCUAUGCUUUGGAAAAUGGAAGAAGUCUGAAAAUUUUUAAAAGUGAUAAAAGAAGAGUUAGAGUUAAAUGUUUGGGUGCAGAUGGAAAAUGUUCGUGGUAUGCAUACUGUGGAUACAUGAGUUCAAUGAAGAUGUGGCAAUUAAGGAUAAUAAUUGACCAUCACACCUGCAGCAGAGAGUUCAAUAUUCGUUUAAUUAAUGCUAAAUGGCUAAGUAAGAGGUUGGAGAAGACUGUUAGAUCCAAUCCAAAAACCAAUGGUGUGGAAAUUAGAGAAAAGGUUAGCAGGAAAUAUAACAUAGGUAUUUCUAGGUGUAUGGCCUAUAGGGCAAAAGAAAUGGCUGAAGACAGUGUUGAGGGGUCAUUUGCAAAACAAUACAAGAGGCUUUAUGAUUAUGCACAUGAACUUCUCAGAACUAAUCCUGGAUCAACAGUGAAAUUAAAAGUGCAUGAGAAUGAAGGUCAACCUAUGUUCCAAAGGUUUUACGCAUGUUUCCGAGCUUGCAAAGACAAUUUUAUGUCUUGCAGACCCAUAAUUGGACUAGAUGGAUGCUUUUUGAAAGGGAAGUAUGGAGGAGAGUUAUUAACUGCUGUUGGAAGAGAAGAGAACGAUCAAAUGUUACCUAUUGCUUUUGCAGUUGUGGAGGGACUGUUACCAGCUAUUCAGGAUCUACUGCCUGGAGUAGAUCAAAGAUUCUGUGUUAGGCACCUAUAUGCCAAUUUUAGGAAAAAAUUCCCAGGUAAAAAUUUGAAGAGAUUGAUGUGGAAGGCAGCUGCUUGCACACAUCCAGAAGGUUGGGAGCAAGAUAUGAGGGACAUCAAAGAGCUAAACGAAGAUGCCUUCAAAUAUUUGUUGGCCAUUCCACCUAGGUUUUGGUCACGAUCUAGAUUCACAACAACUGCACAAUCUGAUACGUUGGUUAAUAAUAUGUCUGAAGCCUUUAACAAUGUCUUAGUGGAAUGUAGGGGCAAGCCAAUAAUCACCAUGUUGGAGGAAAUAAGGCUUUGGUCAACAGACAAAAUUUUUGAGGUGAGGCAUGCAUCACAUGUUGGUGAUAAGUUUGUGGUCAAUAUCGAUGAAGCAUCAUGCACAUGCAGGAAGUGGAGCAUCACUAGGAUACCCUGUUGUCAUGCCCUAUCAGCCAUGAGGUUUCUAAACAUAGAUGGAAAAGAUUUCAUCUCCACAUGGUACAAGAAGUCCACCUACGAAGAGACAUACGCAUCCAUCAUAUACCCAAUCAAUGGCCAAAGGGUGUGGGAGGUGACACCAUAUCCAGAUAUUUUACCUCCUCCAAAAAGAUCAUUACCAGGCAGACCAAAAAAGAAGAGGAGAUUGCAGGAAUGGGAGCUAUGCAAAGAUGACACACAAAUGACCAAAGCAGGCUUACGCAAGAGGUGUCGCAUAUGUAGGAAAAUUGGCCAUAAUAGAAGACACUGCCCUCAAGCACCUGCAACUGAAGCACCUACUCAACCAUCCCAGCCACAAUCACAGCAACAAACCCCUGCAACUGAAGCUCCUACUCAGCCAUCCCAGCCACCAUCACAGCAACCAACCCCUGCAACUGAAGCUCCUACUCAGCCAUCCCAGCCACCAUCACAGCAACAAACCCCUGCAACUGAAGCUCCAGCUCAGUCAUCCCAACCACCAUCACAACAACCAACCCCUGCAUUAUCACAGCCAAGUUCACAACCUCCACAACCUUCUACUGCAGCACCAAGGAGUUCAGCUCAACAUUCUCACCAAGGAUCACGUGGGCGUGGAAGACCAAUGAUGAGACCAAAACUGAAUGCAAGGAGGGGACGCAUAUGGAAACCCUGA